CUGAAAGCGUUAUUCCGUUCUUAUCGUCCUGUUACACUAUUCGACUAAGCGUUAAUUAUUAUGAGCAAAGCACAUCCACCAGAGCUCAAAAAGUACAUGGAUAAACGCGUUGUUGUUCGACUAAAUGGCAAGCGAAAAGUGACGGGUAUUUUGCGUGGAUUUGAUCCUUUCAUGAAUAUGGUUUUGGACAAUACGGUGGAAGAUUGUAAUGAUUCGACACAGAAUCAAAUUGGAAUGUGUGUUGUUCGAGGUAACAGUGCUAUACUUGUCACUUCGUUGGAUAGAAUUGGAUAA